UCCCUGGAUGUUGCCCAAAGAUUUUAAAUUAUGAUUAGGGUGGAAACUGUCAAUCAGAUCUGGCAACACUGCUGGGCACAGGUUGUACAACUUUGAUAACUUCUGUUAGCACCUGCGAGGAGAAAAUGUUCCAGGUAAUUGGCUCUAGCCUUGUCUUGGAGAGGCAGUAAAGAGUCUGGCGUUAAUGAUGCGCCUCUGGUGCAGGAUUUGGUGCAAGUCUGGACACAUGACAGACAGACAGAGCAGGUUAGUUCAUUCAAAUCAAUGCAGCUUCUUCCUCUCUGCUGCUACUCCUGCAAGGAAAGUAGACACUGGCCCACAAAGAACACUCCUCCUCCUCCUCCUCCUCCUCCUCCUCUCCUCCUCCUUCCUCCCCAGAGCCGUAGAGCUUUCUCCCUCUUUAAACCAGCUCAGGCUCUCCAGUCCUCCUCCUCUCCAGUCCUCCUCCUCGGUGCGUGUUUGCCUUCGUGAGUGGAGAUUAGUGAGCGUGUUCAUGUCAUGACACAGCGCAGCGCAGGAUCCAAGUGGUCGCCUCUAACGCCACUGCAACCCCAAUGCAACCCCAAAGCACACGACUCUUCUGCAGUGGUUUGAGUUUGGUUACAUGAAAUAUGCGAUGUUCGCAGGACUGCCCGGGUCUCUUCCUUCUGCACUUUGUUUUCAUUUUGGCAGCCGGCCACGAAGAGCUCUCCGACUCUGGCAGACUCUUCUCCCUCUUUGCAGAACAAGGUGAGUUGCCCCAGUCAGAUCUGUCCACCGUCCACCCAGUGAAAACCACCACUGAUGGAGAGUUCAUCUCCCACUCUCUGGCUCACCACUUCAAGGAUGGGAGAGUCAGGCGUGACCUCCGACCCCUGGGCUCGGAGGGACAGGUUUACUACAAGGUCAACUACGAGGGUCGCGCUUUAAUGUUUAAUUUGACUGCAAACAAUCACCUGGUCUCAAGUGACUACAUCCUGGAGAGGAGGAACGGCAGCGCCAACACGACCGAGCAUCACCGCUCUGAGGUGAACUCCUGUCACCUCCUCGGCACAGUAGAAGCCAGUGACGUGAGAGGAACUGCUGCCAUCAGCACCUGUAAAGGACUGAGAGGCUUCUUCUCGCUGCCAGAGGGACACUACUUUAUUGAACCUGUCCAGAAGUCUCCCGAUGAGCCUGCAGGGACUCCAGAGCCCCAUAUCAUCUAUCCAAGAGUUACAACAGAAAGUCAGAGAAAGAAACGCAGCCUCGAGUCCAAAGAGACACCCAGCCUCUGUGGAGUUCAAGAUGCUCCCAGUGACUCGGUCCAGGUGGAGAGGGAGCGGGAGGAGUGGGAGAGGGAGCAGCAGAGGGGGGAGGAUCAGGCUCAGUCCCGCUCGCAGCGCUCGGUCAGCAGAGAGCGGUGGGUGGAGACCAUGGUGGUGGCUGACGCCAAACUCAUCGAAUACCACGGCAGUGAUAACGUGGAGUCCUACAUCUUCACCAUCAUGAACAUGGUGGCUGGGAUCUUUCAUGAUGCCAGUAUUGGGAACGCCAUCCACGUCAUCUUGGUUCGCCUCAUUCUACUCCAGGGAGAAGAGAAAGGGUUGAAGAUCGUUCACCAUGCCGACACCACUUUGUCCAGUUUCUGUGCUUGGCAGAAAAACCUCAACCCCCAGAGUGACACACACCCGGCUCAUCAUGACGUGGCUGUGUUGGUUACUAGGAAAGACAUCUGUGCUGGAAUGAACCAGCCCUGUGAGACUCUGGGUCUGUCUCAUCUGUCUGGGAUGUGUCAACCGCACCGCAGCUGCAACAUCAACGAGGACUCAGGGCUACCUGUCGCCUUCACCGUCGCUCAUGAAAUGGGCCACAGCUUUGGAAUCCAUCAUGAUGGUCAGGGGAACGACUGUGAGCUGGCGGGGAGGCACCCGUUCAUCAUGUCCAGACAGCUGAUGUAUGACAGCUCGCCUCUCACUUGGUCCUCCUGCUCCAAAGAAUACAUCACACGCUUCCUUGAUCGUGGCUGGGGUUUCUGUCUGGAUGACCGUCCAUCUAAGAGGGACCUAACCACCCCGCUGGCUCGCCUCGGUGUCCGCUACACCACACACCACCAGUGCCAACUCCAGUACGGCCCAAACGCCACCUUCUGCCACGAGGUUGAUAACAUUUGCCAGAUUCUUUGGUGUUCAGUGAACGGCUCCUGUCGCUCCAAACUGGACUCGCCUAUAGACGGCACUCGCUGUGGACCAGAGAAGUGGUGUAUCUCAGGAGAGUGUGUGAUUGUGGGUAAACUCCCAGAGACGGUGAAUGGAGGCUGGGGACAGUGGAGUACGUGGUCUCACUGCUCCAGGACCUGUGGAACUGGAGUUCAGUCAGCAGAGAGGGAGUGUAGCAACCCGAAACCAGAGUUUGGGGGCAAGUACUGCACGGGUGAAAGGAAACGUUAUCGGACCUGUAACACUAAACCAUGCCAGAAGGAUAAACCGACCUUUAGAGAGAUGCUGUGCAGUGAGUUUGACACGGUGCCGUACCAAAACGAGCUCUACACGUGGAUUCCUGUGUCUAACCCACUAAACCCCUGCGAGCUGCACUGUCGACCAGUCGUUGAGUAUUUCUCCGAGAAGAUGCUUGAUACUGUGACGGACGGGACGCCGUGCUUCAUGAACAACAAGUCCAGAAACAUCUGCGUCAACGGAGUGUGCAAGGCGGUAGGCUGCGACUAUGGCAUUGACUCAAACGCUGUGGAGGAUCGCUGCGGAGUCUGCUUGGGCGAUGGCACGAGCUGUGAGACGGUCUACAAGUCGUUUGAUGAAGGAGAAGGCUUUGGGUACGUGGACGUGGGCGUGAUACCUGAGGGGGCGCGGGACAUCCUGGUAAAGGAAGUGGAGGAGGCAGGUAACUUCCUGGCUCUGAGGAGCGAGGCGUCGGAGGAGGAGUACUUCCUCAACGGCAACUUCAUCAUCCAGUGGAACGGGGAGUACGAGGCCGGCGGGACGACGUUCUACUACGAACGCAGCGGGAACAUGGAGAACCUCACCGCUCCUGGACCCACCAAACAGCCGGUCAUGCUGCAGUUGCUGUUUCAAGAGAAGAACCACGGUAUAAAAUACGAGUACACCAUCAAGAAAACCAAAGGGACAGGAAAUGAGGUCAUCGAGCCCAUUUUCAGGUGGAGGCACGGGGCGUGGACGGACUGCAGCACCACCUGUGGCUUAGGUGAGCAGCACCAGCCUACGCGGUGCUUUGAGGUGGACCUGGGCGUAGUGGACGAGUCUCUGUGUGACUCAGCCAGCCGUCUAGAAGACCGACACCGAAAAUGCAAGAAUAUGGAUUGUCCUGCAAGGUGGUGGGUGGGCGGCUGGCAGCACUGUACAGCCAACUGUGGAUCAGACGGGGUGCGGAAGCGAACGGUGCUCUGUGUUCGUACAGUCUCUGGGGAGGAAAGGGUGCUCCAUCCUGUCGAGUGCAAGCAUCUCCUUAAACCCAAACCUCUGGUGCCGUGCAACAGAGACAUACCCUGUGGACAGGACUGGGCUGUCGGCAACUGGGAAGAGUGCCCAGUCUCAUGUGGAGGAAGUGUUCGCUCACGUACAGUCACGUGUGCACUAACGCCCAAGAAGAGCUGCGACCUCUCAACCAAGCCUCGGUCCAGAUCACUGUGCGCCCUGCAGAGCUGCCCUAACUCAAGUCUCCGUAGACGACCCGGGCCUCCUCCUAAAUACCGCCGCAUCUCCCCGCCUAAGAGCCACCCCCCCAAGCAUCCAACACCUACGCCUACCUGGGCUCCCACUAGCUCCACGGCCACAGCUGUACCCACAGCUGCUAUCACCGUGAGGAAGAAAACAACCACCAAAGAGACGACAACUGCUUUUAUCCCUACCACCACAUCCCUUUCAACCCCUAAAACCACAGUCAUAGACACAGAUGAGCUCGAUGUUAAAGUGAGAACAAAUGAGGAUGAGAGAGAGAAAGUUUUCCCAUCUAAAGAAGAUUCUGCUGAAAAGGACAGAAAAGGAAAUGGCGUGGAGAAGGAAAAGGAAAAGGUAGAAGAGAGGGAAGAGGGAGAGCAGGGAAGUACGCCAGAUGUGGUGAUGUAUACUCCAGGAUAUGAUUAUGUUGUUGAGGAUAGGACACCAGAGGAGGAGGGGAUUAUUGACCUGGAUGUUACCACGUCUACACCCCUCAAAAAUCCUCUUAACUCAACCACGCCAGCACCACACAUACUCAUCACACCCACUUUACAAACAAGUCCUCCUACAACGCACACAACCGAAGCACCCACCGUCACCCACUCCACUCCACACACCAGCACUAAAACAUGGGAAAAGACCACUCACCACUAUCCCGUCUCCAACCCCCACACCACCCCUCGUAUCAACCCACACACCACCCCUCGUAUCAACCCCCACACCACCCCUCGUAUCGACCCACGCAGCCCCCGGACACACAGCGUUCCCCUCACCACUCCCAUGCACCACACGACACAAGCUCCUUCAACAACUGCGAGAAAACCCUUCACCACCGCAGCGUUGCCCCAGUCCACCGUGAAGGUCAUUAAACUAAAGAAGCCGGCGGUGACGCCCAAGAAAAACAGUUCUGUCUCUCGUGCUAAAAAGCCCUCGUCCUGGUCCAAAGGCAGUCGCUCCAAGAACCAAAACCAGCGAGCAGAGAGUCCCGGCUCCGUCAGUGACCAGAGCAACGUGAAGGCCAGAGAGCCGGUCAGGAAGGAUAUAUUCUGGGUUGUAGGAAACUGGAGCGAGUGUUCAACAACGUGUGGGAUUGGAGCGAUAUGGAGGACGGUAGCGUGCAGCUCCCAGAACGACGAGGACUGUGCCAGCAUGAAGAGACCUGAGCCUGCGCGCACAUGUCACCUGCAGCCCUGUGCCACCUGGCACAGCGGCAGCUGGAGCAGCUGUCCAGAUCACUGUGCGGUGGUGGGACGGAGGUACCGUGAAGUCCAGUGUGUCGAUUCUCAGAGCAAACGUCCCCUCAGACCGUUUCACUGUCAAGCUGUGUCCAGUAGACCCGUCAGCACCUUGACUUGCUCCCACAAGCCCUGUAUGACCUGGAGUGCAUCACCCUGGGGACCGUGCUCUGGCAGCUGUGGCGAAGGCGUCAGGGAGCGGCUGGUGUACUGCCCCGAGCCUCAUCGCUGCAGCACCACACUGAGGCCAAACGGCACAGAGCCGUGCAGUCUAAAGCCCUGCACUCACUGGAAGGCUGAGGACUGGGACGAGUGCUCUGUGAGUUGUGGUGGGGGUCAGCAGCAGCGUGAAGUCAACUGUGUGAGUGAGCAGGAUUCGGCCCUCAUGCCAAACAGCCUCUGUGAGAAGAUUUUCAAACCAGAAACACUCAGGAAGUGCAAUAUGCAGGAAUGCAAGACCAACAAAGCUCCAGUUUGCAGGAAGAACACCCUGUCCUCUCGCUUCUGCGACAAGCUGAAGCUGCUGGGCCGCUGCUCUCUCAGGUCGAUCCAAAAACAGUGUUGUUUCACCUGUGGGUCAUAGCCAGGGUCACACACCCACAUACAUUACAAUGGACUCAUCCCAACUACAGUAACAGGUACUGGAUCCUCUCGCAAUACUGACAUCAGAUCAUGCCAUCCACAGACCGACACGUCCAAACCAAAGUGCUAAUGAGCACAACGAGCACAUAUCAAUCAGCGUUUAUGGUCACCUCAAUGUGGCUCGUUGAACAUUAAGCUCUAACCUUUGUAACAGUCUGCAUGUCUUUUCAUCAUCAGUAGUUUGGCUGUACUUUUGCCCACUUUUUAAAUUAUUUUAAGGUUUCUAGCAAAAUCUUCACUGGAAAAAAAGUAUACAUAUUUAUUUUAUUAUUCUUAUUUUUACCUAUAAAGGUAAAAAAAAAAAAAAAAAGGUAAAAUUUUUUAAAUAUGUUUUAUAUUAUUUUUCAUUAUUAUUUUUAUUAUUAUUACCUAUUUACAUGUAGGUCUUUGUAACUUUUUUCAGUGAGGAUUUUGUUAGAAACCAUAAAAAAAAGCAAGAGUACAGUCAAAACACUGUUACUAAUAUUAGAGCUUAAUGUUCAUCAAACCAUGUUGAGGUGAGCAGAAAUGCUUAUCAGAAUUAAUAUACAUAUACUGUAUAUAUAUAUAUAUAUAUAUAUAUAUAUACAUAAAACAGGCAAGUUUAAUGAUGUUUAAGGACAGUGUGCAAAAUCUGCCAUAAAAUGAAUGUGAUGUUUCUGGUGAAAAGUACAAUAAUUCAGUAGAAACAUACUGAACAAAAAAGUCAAAUUAAUAAUAAUUAAAAAAAAGAAUCAAGAAGCACAAUUUAAAGUUACGAAAGCCUAAGCCAGUACAAGAUUUCCUCUUGCGCAGUUGUGAUAAAUUAAUAACACAAGGAACAGUUUGCUCCUUUAUCCAGUAACAAACCCACAGUUCAUAUCCUUCCUUCAUCCAAAGGUGCUUUUAUAAUCGUGGUGCUGAUGAUUCACAGCUCAACAGUCAAGAUACCAGUUAUAUUUUUAUAUCAAAGUGAGCUGGUAAAAACAGAAUGUAAAUAAAUAAAUUGAGACCUCUAUUAAAUUGUUAAUAGUAAUGAUAAUCUGUGUUUUUUUUUACUCACAUAUUUUGCUUUUUUUUCUGCUUGAAUUGUGGUUUUGUCCUCAGAGCUGGCACUGUGUGUUUACAUUUUCCCGGGUUACAAGUUCCUGCUUUAGUCAUUUUUGUUCCGAUUGUCAAUCGUAUAAUUAAAUCGGCUGCAGAACCUGCACAGCUCUGCGGUCCAACCUGUGGUGCUCCUCCUCUGGUGUGAGAUUGACCGAUGAGAAAGAGGUGUUGCAGGUCAUCCCUCUCAGGUCCCUGUAAAGACGGUCGCUGUGUUUGUAUGACAUUGUACAGGCGUUGUCGUGCAUGUGGAACAUCACCUACAUGUCUCCUAUCAAUGAAUGUGACGAUAAAAGAUGAUUGUGACUAUACUGCUUUGUAACUGAGACAUGAAAUAAAAUUUUCUUUGAGUAUCUUUAA